UUGCAAUGAGAGGUAAAUUAGUCGACCUAGUUAGAAAUUGCUCUGACCCGGCUUAUUAACCAAAUAAACCAUUUUAAGAUUUAAAAAAAGGAAAACGAUCCUUGAUCACAAUGCUUGAUGGAGUACUGGACAUAUAUAUUUUUAAGGAUGGCUUCUUUGCCAGAAGGCUCAUUUUCAUUCGGAAAACCCUACAUACCUGAAAUUCAGGCAGAUCGUCUCGCAAUACCAUUAGAAAAGUCACCAUUCCUCUGUGUCAGCAAAGGAGAAACAGUUGAGAAGGUAAAAGUUGAGAGGGAACUGUUGGAAUCUUCAUGGAGGGAAGUGGACUUCUCAGUCCACAACAUGGAGGCACUGGUUGAUUCUGUCACCUCCUACAAGCCCAGCUGUGAUUCUGUAUCUGAGGCCCGGGUUCUGCUGCUAGGCCCGGUUGGGGCAGGAAAGUCCAGCUUCAUCAGCUCUGUUCAUUCUGUCUUCACUGGGAGGGUCACCAACCGGGCCAUGGUUGGAACUUCUUCCACAAGCUUCACGCAAAAGGUAGAGCAGCAGAACAAUGCAAGACAUUUCCAAUCCUUUCCUAUUCGGAGACGUGGAGAGAGUGGUGAUCAGCCAACUGCCUUAGUUCUGUGUGACGCCAUGGGUCUGGGAACGGGAGACAUGACUGGCCUGACCCUCCAUGAUGUUCUGGCUGUAAUCAAGGGCCACUCACCUGAGGGACACAAGUUCAGCUCUGAUCAGGCCUUGAGGGCGGAGACAGUGGGCUAUGUGAAGAAGCCGUCUGCCAGAGAGAAGAUGCACUGUGUGGCCUUUGUGGUAGAUGCCACAAAAAUCAACUCCUAUGGCAAAGGCAUGGGCUUCACCUUCCAGCAGCUCAGAGAACAUAUCAGUGACCUCGGUGUGCACCAGGUUGCAUUGCUGACGCAUGUGGACCAGUUGUGCCCACAAUCAGCUCAUGACAUCACCAAAGUGUACAGAAGCCGGCUAGUGCAGCACACGAUGGAAAAGGCUGCGGCUCUGCUGGGCAUGUCCAUGUCCUACAUCGUCCCAGUGAAGAACUACUCCUGUGAGAUGGAUGUGGAUGAGCACACAAACACCCUGCUGCUCUGUGCAGUCCAGCACAUUCUGCAGUAUGUGGAGCUGUACUUCCAGGACCUUACAGAGCCCAGAGUUGUGUGACACACCUUUGCAUUGAAUUCUCAGAUGCCUUAUGUAGAAGCACAUCGGUGGGUUUAGCUAAAACAGCAUAGAACUUGGAGCAAAAGUUAUUAAGUUUAUUUAUAUAUUAGGUUUAGUUAUUAUGAGUUUGUAACUCUUUGUGUAGGCCUACUAAUAAUUGUCAUUGCGUAUUAUCUGAAAAAAAAUAAACAUUUAGUUCAAACUU